AUGGUGCUCCAACAAGCUGAGCCCGCGCCAGUGGCGCCUCAAUCCUCCUUGUCCUUUACCCAGGGCUUCCUUCUCGGGCAGCUUUCUGUAGUAUUGCUCAUCGGAGCGUUCAUAAAGUUCUUCAUCUUCGGCGAGGCUCCUCCGCCCCCCUCUCGUGGCCUAUCCAACCGCACAUCCCACCGCCGGUACAGCUCGGUCUACCAACCACCUCAAGAUGGGCAGAAGACACUCCGAGAGAAGCCAUCAACCUCCAAUGUUCUUCGUCCAGUUCCCGCCUCCUCCACCAAUACCCGCUCCAUUCUCCGGAAGACCUACUACAGCGCCAUUCCUACCAACCCAUCAAAACAUGGCCGCCAUCGAAUGCACCAUUCGUCUCACCAGCCGGAGUCGCUGGAUUGGUUCAAUGUCUUGAUUGCGCAGACAAUCGCACAAUACAGGCAAACGGCCUAUGUACUUAAAGACUCGCCAACAUCCUCGAUCCUGAGCUCCCUAAACGCCGCCAUGAACAACCCAGAGAAGAAGCCAUCAUUCAUCGACAAGAUCACAGUCACGGACAUCUCAUUAGGAGAAGAAUUCCCUAUUUUCAGCAAUUGUCGCAUUAUAGCAGUGGAUGAUCCUCUUUCCGAUGGAGGAAGGCUACAGGCUCUGUUAGAUGUGGAUCUUAGCGAUGACAACCUCUCCAUCGCUGUAGAAACCUCCAUGAUCCUCAACUACCCCAAACCCCGCUCAGCCAUUCUCCCAGUCGCUCUAUCGGUCUCGGUUGUUCGAUUCUCGGGUACACUCUGUAUCUCGUUGAUUCCAGCAUCAACAGACCCACUACAUACGCCCGCAUCACCGCCUACACCACCUCAAACAGGGUCGGGCAGGAAUACAGCCCCCGGAUCUCCUGAGGGACCAUCAUCUCAAGAUCAGUCACCACCUAAAGGCAGCCCUAAGAGCAAUGUUGCGUUCUCAUUUCUGCCGGAUUACAGACUGGAUCUCUCUGUCCGUUCUCUCAUCGGUUCACGCAGCCGUCUUCAGGAUGUGCCUAAGGUCGCUCAGCUGGUGGAGGCUCGUGUACAUGCGUGGUUCGAAGAGCGCGUUGUUGAGCCUCGUGUACAGGUAGUUGGAUUACCAGAUCUCUGGCCACGUAUGGGCCGAACUGGUGUAAGAACCGGUGAAGAUUCUGACGCCGGGUCUACCGCGCCCCCGAGGAGUGCUGGGUCUGCUGAGGCAGGACCAGGGCCAUUUUCAUUUGAUACCCGAGAACCGGAGGGGCUACGAUUCCGGGCAUCCUUGGAUCCUCGGUUGGGUCUUGGAGCGGGCUCUCGAAGUAGCAGCUUCAAUGUGGAUAUGGGGAGUAUGCGAAGUCCGAGUAUGACUCGACAGGAUAGUGCUGGCGGAGCUAGCGAGGGAUUCACCAUGCCUGGGGGUAUGCCUCCGGGUGCUACUCCGAGAGAAAUGUAA